GUCAGCGGUCUCCCGCGUUGAUAUGUUUGUGAUGCCACUGGUAAUAUAAAGUCGAUUUAAAAUAUAUUAAAACUACAUUUAAGAUACAAUUCUAGACUGCUACACCUCCAGAAACCUUAUCCUGCCGAGGUCAUGUAAAAGCGGCUUCGUAGGGGGGCUAGUGUUGACAGUCAACCGGGAAAGUGAGUGAGUUGACCGGGUUAACCGUUUUAACGGACCCACCUCUCAAACUACAGCGGCUUAGGAGAACAAUACCAAAGCUUAGUAAGUUAUACAAUCCUCAUGUAAUAGAGCACACAGGCUUCAGCUUUCUAAAGAUUUUCUGAGCAUUCACAAUGGCAACAGGUGGCACUCCAUUUGAAGAUGGGGCAGAUGAGCAGGAGCUGCAUAACUGGACCAUCCCCAAUGGCAGUCUCAACAAUAUGGAUUGGGGAGCGCGGAAGGCCAACCGCUCCUCUGAAAAGAACAGAAAGAAGUCUGCCAUGACAGAGAGUCGGUUAACCAAUGAGAUCUCUCCAGAGUCCACUCCUGGAGCAGGACCGCGAAGGUCUCGGACACCCCACUCCUUCCCUCAUGUGAGGUACAGCACUCAGAUGUCAGUACCUGAUCAGGCUGAGCUGGAUAGGCUCCGUCAGGUCAUCAACUUUACAGAUCUGGAUGAGAGGAGCAUUGGCAGUGAUUCUCAAGGCCGCGUCACUGCAGCCAACAAUCAGAGACAACUUUCUACCGAGUCCAAGAAACAUUUUAACUUCCUGCCUAUUCAUGUGAACACUAACAAGAGUAAACAGACUACUGCAUCCACAUCUGGAGCCAAGGAGCCCAAGAAACAAAGUCCAGGGAAAGACUUGUUUGCUCCAGUGCCAGCAGUGAGUAAAGAGGCUUUUAGUGUGGACAGCGCACAGGAUUUUGCAUUGGAUGAUGGAACUGGAGAUCUGUCCAUUGACAGCAGUCAGGUGGUCAGCAAACUGGUACAGAUCCGUGAAUAUAUUGGGAAGGCCACAUCCAUGAGAGACGACCUGGUGGAAAAGAAUGAUGUGCCUGCAAACGUGGAGCGUCUUUCUCUUCUCAUCACUCACCUGAAGGAACAGGAGAAGUCGUACCUGCGUUUUCUUCAGAAGAUGCUGGCGAGGGAAAAUGAGGAUGAUGAUGAAGGUGCCACUGACUCGGCAGUGGGUUCAGGCUCGGUGGCCGAGAGCACGUCUCUUAACCUGGAGCCGCGCUCAGAAGCCUCCAGUGCCACCGGUCAUGGUGUGUGUGGAGAGCAGAAAGAGGAGCUAGAAAACAUGAAGAAGCAGCAUGACCUCCUCAAGAAGAUGCUGGAGCAGCAGGAGCAGCUUAGAGCACUACAAGACCGCCAGGCUGCAUUAUUGGCCAUGCAGCAAAACACUGAACAAGCCAUAGCAGUGAUGGAUGACACUGUUGUUACAGAGACUACAGGAAGUGUGUCUGGCAGAAGCAUUACCUCAGAACUUAAUGAAGAACUUAACGAUCUCAUCCAGCGCUUUCAUAACCAACUGCAUGAUACUCAGUCACAGACAGUCCCUGACAACCGACGACAGGCCGAAUGUCUGUCUCUUUCUAGAGAAGUGUGCCGAUCACGCCCGACCCAUAAUUCCCGGAGUCAUUUGCCAUCUACUGCCCCACUAACUACAGCAUCAACGUCUGCCAAUGCUAAACUCACCAAACUACAAGAGCUACAGGACAAAAAACAGACCAUGGACAAGAUCCUUCAGGAGCUUCAUUCCCUUAGAGACCAGACCCUCAACAACAGUCAAAGUGUUACUCAGCGUGGUGCACGCAUGGGCAUAUCAGAGCGUCCCUUAGUGCUGGGUAGAGAGGGCAACAGGGCCCGUCCAGCGAGACAGGACCCCCACUCUUACACACAGAUAGAUGAUAACGCACAUCCUGCAGAAAAACUCAGGAAACUAAGGGAGGUACACAAGCGUCUGAAUGAACUGAGAGAGUUGGUUCAGUAUUAUGAACAGACAUCAGAUAUGGUUGUGGAUACAGUUAACGAGAAUGUGAAGGAAGAUGAUGAGGAGACCGAAGACGGUUCGCUGUUCGAGGCUAUGGUUGAUUCAGAGCAGGAGAACCAUGAACCUGUUACCAACAUUAGAAAUCCAGCCCAACCACAGACUCCAGGUAACUGGAUGGACAUGAACAGUCUGACAAAGGCUCAUAGUGCCUCCAAUAACAGAGAUGGACGCCUGAACACGGAGUGCGAGAUCAAUAACCGUUCGGCAGCUAACCUCCGCAGUCUCAACAUCCCCUCAGUCAUAGAAUGCCAGUAUAACCGAGACAGGCCUUACAAUGGAGUUAAGGAUGAAGAUGAUGAUGAAGUACUGGAAGAUGAUGGGGCGAGAGGAGGAGUAGGAGGAGGAGGCAGAGACACUGAUGGUUCAGGUUCCAGUCGAAGAAACAGUCUAGGUCGUGAUGCAGAUUAUGCAGAGAAGGUUCAUCGUCUUCAAACAGCCAAACAGAAACUCAGGCAGCUGCAAGAACUAGUGGCGAUGGUGCAGAGUGAUGAUACGGAUGGCACAACACCUAAUGAAGACGAGGAUUUGAAGCAACAACCUAAUAACACCCGAGCAACAGCUCCUAAAGUCAAGAGGGACCUUACUCUCUCUGACAAGGCCAGAGAGAAAUUGUAUGAGGAGAAACUCAAGCAACAACAGCAGGAGCUAAAGCAGCUCCAUGAAGAGAGACAGAGACUAAUGGACAUUCAGGGCAAGAUUCAGGACUUGCAGUGGGCCUGCCCUGACCUCCAGUCGUCUGUGAGCAGCAGUGCCAGCGGUCCGAUGAUGAGAAAGAUUCCCGCAGCAGCCUCUACUCCAGCUUCUGUACCCUUACACUCCUCUUCCUCAGCUAAAGCCAACACUAGUGGACUCAAACCCACCACCGAGCCUCCCCCGGUCACCAUCACUGACAACGAGCUUUGGUCAGAGAUGCGGAGGCACCAGAUGUUGCGUGAGGAGUUGAGACAGAGGCGGAAACAAUUGGAGAGUCUGAUGGCUGAACAGCAGAGGAGAAGCACACUCACUGACUCUCCAUUUAGGAGCGACACACAAGAUACUCAGCCCUACAGUCGUGAUGAGAGAACUGUGGCUACCUGGGGUGGUUCAACACAAUGUCACGAUGAUGAUGAUUUCUCAGAAGUGGGAGCUGACGAGGAUGAUGACGAGGAUGUACUUGAUGAGGGUGAGGAGUCCAGUUCUACUGAUGAGCUGCACACAUGCUCCACCAGAAAACAACGCAACUACAACAGGAACAACAGAGAUGGUCUGAAGGUUCACAGGGAGGUUAACAGAAGUCCUUCCUCCCGUGAGUCAAGGAGUCAUUCCCGUCAGCAGCAGAAUUGUGAGCGAGGGAGUUCCAGUCGAGCCAGGCGGCAAGAGAACCUGCGAUGGGCAGCAGAUCUGUCUCUGUCUGAGGGCACCGCACCAGCACAUUGGCAGGAACAGAUCACACACCUGCAGAAACAGCUCAAUUUUAGCACCACCAUGUGCCAAACUCUGCUACAGGACCAACAGACUCUUUCAUACAUGCUGCAGGCUGUACUGACAGGUCCCUAUGGUGUUGUGCCCAAUAAUGUGACCUCUCCUCAGGUCCCUCUCAUCAUGCACCAGCUAAACCAGUGUUACACACAGCUGGCUUGGCAGCAAAACAACGUCAAUCGGUUGAAACAGGUGCUGAAUGACGUGUUGCGGCAACAGAAUCAGUCAUGGUCAGGGCAACAGCAACAUCAAAAUGCUGCACGUGAUUCUGUAUCUCCUUCACUGUUCUUAAACUACCCACCUGUCAAUAUGCCCGGACUCCAAAACUUCUCUCCUUUCCCCACUGGCUUUAAUUUGAGUCACAUGUUUCCCUCCUCAGCACCAGAUUUCCAGCAGAACCAGGCCAGUUCAGAUCAACAGCAUGACCCAAACAUAUCCCUCAAAACUGAGUACAUGAGUUUCCCCCCUCCACUGCAAAGAUCCCCACUUAACAACACUGAGAAACGGUUUCAGAUUCAGCCUGAUAAUAUGACAGACUCUCAUAACUGUAGCUGGUUGAACUCUUCUCUAAAUUGCUCCGAUCAGAGACCCAAUCAGAACUCUCCUGGCCCUCAUCCUUCCACCUCUCGGGAUCAGUCCUACAUUCCUGACUCCCAAGAGUCUGUGAGCAGCCUGCCAGACCAGGCAGACCCCACCACUGUCACCAAAACCUUCAAAGCAGGACGAAAGGCAGCGGCACAGGCCAGUCUUGCGUCCAGAGACAAGACGCCAAAUGCAAAGAGUCGUCGCAAGAGGGGCAGGGGACAGAAAAACACAGCUCCUGUUGAAAGCGAUAGCGUUUCAAGUGAUGCUCACUUUGAUCAGGACAGAGAUCGCUGCUCACAGGUCAAACACAAAGAUCUGAACCAGGGGCUGCUGGACAAACUCACACAAGAGAAACUUGACAGCAAGAUGCAGACAAACAAGCCAAACGACCUCACAUCUGCAUAUGCUUGGAGAACACCUUUUCUGUCUAACAGAAUUGCAUGCACUGAAAUCCCAGAUGCAAGCAGUGAUUUCUCUCUCUUUGAGGCCCUGAGAGAGACCAUCUACUCUGAGGUGGCGACUCUGAUCUCUCAGAAUGAGUCUCGUCCUCAUUUCCUCAUCGAGCUCUUCCAUGAGCUUCAGCUGCUUAAUACAGACUAUCUGCGCCAGAGGGCGCUAUUCUCACUACAGGACAUAGUUACAAGGCACUUGACAGAGAAGAGCGUAGCAGAUGAGCAGGCAUCAUCUUUGGGUCCGGCUGUGUGGGCCACAGGCUCCCAAUCAGAGCUCACACCCAGCGAAAGCCUGGCCACCAGUGAAACUGAGGCAUCUGAGAAGAAUGUGACAAUAAAGUCCAGCUGUGGAGUAAAAAAGACAUUGGAUAGAGAAAACACAACAGAUAACGAAAGCCUGCUGUCGACUUCAUCCAACCUUGAACCCUUUGCCAGUGACGACUUGGGUAACACAGUGAUUCAUUUAGAUAAAGCCUUGGCCAGGAUGAGGGAGUAUGAACGCAUGAAGCUGAGGGCUGAGUUUAAUACAGAUAACUCAGAGCACGGCCCUGAAGCCGCCGCUGCUGCUGUUUCGGCACCCAUUAAAGGUGCAAGUCACUCGUCUGCAGACAUGCACUGUCCUCAGAUUGACACACAACAGCUCGACAAACAGAUCAAAGCCAUCAUGACAGAAGUUAUCCCAUUCCUAAAGGAACACGUUGGUGAGGUGUGCUCGCACCAUCUGCUGACAUCUGUGAGACGCAUGGUGCUCAGACUAACUCAGCAAAAUGACGAGAGCAAAGAGUUUGUGCACUUUUUCCACAGACAGCUAGGCGGCAUCUUGCAGGACUCGCUGACUAAGUUUGUCGGCCGGCCGCUCCAGGACUGCGGUGAGGACCUUCUGGUGGAGAUCUCUGAGAUACUUUUCAAUGAGCUCGCCUUCUUCAAACUGAUGCAGGAUUUAGACCAGAACACCUCCAAAAACAAAGACCGGACCAAGAGACGCUCAGACAACAGAUCUCCAAAGCCUUCACCCAGAACUGAGGAAACCAAAGUGGUAGAGAGAGAAAAGACGUUCUCGCCAUCGUAUUUCGAUGAAGAUAAAGAUCAUGAUGAAACAGAGCGGGGAGAGAUUAACCAUGAGAGAGAGGAGGAAAGAGAUGCACAGAGCAGUGAAGCAUCUGAGGUGGAAGAAGAGGAUGGAGAUGGCCUUCCUCUUUCUAUAAGCCUGUCUAAAGCAGAGACGCAGGCUCUGUGUAACUACGGCAGUGGAGAAGAUGAAAACGAAGUAGAGGAGAUUGAGGAGUUUGAGGCUGAACCUGAUGAGGUGCAGACAUCACUACAAGCCAACAUGGACAACACUAUUGAACAGAGACAGUGCUCAGCUUUACCAGAUGAUGGAAUUAACCAGGACACAACAUCAGACCUAGAGAGCAACCAAAUGAGCAGUGAACAGUCCGAGUCCAAAGAUAAGGUUGAGGCUCCAGAGGAGGUGCUGCAGACUCCACCAGGAGAGAGAGAGGAGAAAGAUGGCUGUACUGUUCCUUCAGCUCAGGAGAGUCCUCAGGGUUCAGACACAGCCAGCCCUGACACAGACUCACCGGUCAUGAUCAACACUGAUGAGGCUGGAUCUGGAAACACCAGCCAGAAAUCAGACGAGGAAGACUUUGUGAAGGUGGAUGAUCUUCCUCUUCAAAUGUCUGUUAUGUGUGAGGAGGAACUUUGUAAGAGGAUCACAGAAGAGCAACAAAAUAAUAACCUAACAGUUGAGAUUCUGAACGAAAAUGCAGAUGGGCUUACAGGCUUGAUUGGAAAUGCUGAAGCACUCAAAGAGCCUGAAACCAUUGGAGCUCAGAGUGCAUGAGAAUGGCCUUUUUGACUUUCCUCGCGACACUACAAACCACCAUUCAUGCAGCAUUAACGUAAAGUGAGCUUUGAUUAUUUAAGAGCAAACGCUAAAUCUCGAAUUAGCAAUCGGCAUGCCAUCUAACAGAUUAAGACUGUAUAGGUAGUAGUUCUAUUUUGAUUGUUUUAUGAAGAAUGUAGGUGUUGUUUGAUACACAGGUUUUUCUUUAAGCCGUUCUGUAGUCUGUUAUUAUAUAUCUGUAUUUUUCUUUAUUAAGCCAGCUCUCUGAUAUCGAAAGUUCCUACAAGCACUAAAGUUUAAAGAGAUGCAAAACGUUCUCAUUUGACAUGUUAUGCUUCAGUCGGUUUCUAGAAUACUAUGGAGGAAAACAGCAGUGUGUACCUCAAAACUUCAAAUACAUUUGGGGAAAUAUCCAGAAUGUGCAUUUAAAAAUAUUGAAUGGAUAGAUUUGAAUCACAUGCUAGCACCGAUGGGGUCCUGUUCUCACGUUACUGCAUUCUUUUAAAUGCUCUUGCUUUUAAUUUUAUUUUUUAAGGCUUGUUGCCCAAUGCUCGGGUUCUCACCCUAUUUCACCUCAUGAAAUUCCCUGUCUUUAAAUUGUAAUUUAAAACAAAUAAAACAUUGAUUUUUAUCCUUU